AAUUCAACUUAAGAUUCUCGUAUAGAACAGACAGUAGAUGUGCUAAUCUUACUCGAUAUCUGAACAAUUGUGAUCAGUUUCGGAUUGCUUGUCACCGCUAAAAGUAGUAGAUAUAAUAUAACUUUUAUUUAUAAUAAUGCCACUCGAAGUGCAAAAUAAUUCUUCGUCGACGACGGCAACGACGUCGACGACAGGGGGAUUUUCUUACAAAAAGGGACAUCGGGUGCACUACAAAGAUGUCGACGGUAAAUUUAUAGUUGAUUUACCAUCAGGCAUCACUGCUGACAUCUCUGAAAUACAACCGCUUACAAACAGUUCAAAGCCAACAGCCAGUAUAUUGCAAAAUACUAAUCGGCAACGAACUCCAAACAAUCCAGUGAGCAUUUCUGAAGACCAUCAACAUCAGUCACAACCAGUUACCACCACCGGGCAACAAGAACAAAAAUUUCAUCGUAUUCCUUGUGAUCAUUGUGGUUUUCAUAAUUUUCCAAUAAUGUCGAAUAUAAGUCCUUUGGCAAUAUCAGCUCCACCACCACGAUCACAUAAAAGCCUUGAAACAGUUGAACAGACAAAUACAAUGCCUAACAACAACAACAUGCUGGCCAUUCCACAUCAUUCGAAUAUGCGACGGAAUGAUUCAAAUUAUUCAAUUGGUAUGCCAGUACAAGAAUUGGCAGUUUCACGAAGACCAUCGAUACUUUUGCAAGAGAUUCUCACAACAAGACGACCCUCUUUGAUUUUGGGUAAUCUUGGAAAACGUGAUAAUUCAUAUAAAACUCCUAAAACAAUGCGCUUACUACAAGAGCACCGUGGUUGUGGUAGUGUUUUGUCUAUCAAUGGCGGACCCAAUGGAAGCAUGGGUGGCAGUGAUAGAGGUCCCAAAAGUGCAAUGGCUAAGAAUUCUAAAUUCAAAAAUCGACGAGUUGGAGAUGAUGCAAUAAGUUCAUCGUUAUCAGCUCUUUAUUGCAAAAUUUUAGUUUUAGUUGGAGUCUGCCUUCCAAUUACGGAAAUUAUUUCUCAACAAGUUCCUUCUUAUGUCUAUCAAGGAUUCUAUGUUUAUUUAUACAGCUUGAGUGUGUUGUUCGUGUUCUUUUUGUACAUUUGUGCAUUCAGAAAUAGAGCAAUUUUUAAUGUUCUCAAGGAUUAUCAUGAAAAGAACAACAACAUUCACUUAAAAAGGAAAGCUGUCCGAUUUGGUAGCUUCUAUCUUCGAAUUGGUGCAAUAGCCUUUGCAAUUGGAAACAUGGUCUAUUCCGGUCUCGAACUGGGACAAUUCUUCGAACUUAAUGGUCGUCCAGGAUGUCAAGAUCCAUUUCUAGCAAUCACACCGAUAGCCCGAAUUUCAUUAUGCAUAAUUCAAGUUCAAUUUAUUUUCCUCAAUACAACUUAUCUUGAUAUGGCACGUCACAAAGUAAUUUGUCGAUUCGGCUUGAUGCAUAUGGUUGCUACAAAUCUCUGCGAAUGGCUUUAUGUUUUAGUGGAGGAAACAAAACAUGAAAUCUUUCAUGUUGCUAGUCACGACAACGUUCACGGAAAUAUGAUACCAACUGCCUCACCGCAUGAAAUUGUUAAUUUGACUGCAACGUUAACAAAUUUAACAUCACAAUCUCCAUCGCAUAGAUCUGGUUGCACCAGAACUAAUAUAAUGGGAGCGUUAGUUCAGGAGGUAGCUCCAUUCCUUUUUCCAUGUACCAUUGAAUAUUCGCUGAUUUGCGCUGUAAUACUUUUCGAAAUGUGGAAGACUGUCAAGUCUAUUCCUGAUAUAGCAAAAACUCGGAAGGAUUCAAUAAUGCCCACAACUGAAAGACCGAGCUCCCAACACCAGUUCUCUAUAGAUUGUUCACAGUCCCAUAAAGGACUCUUCGUGGGCAUUUUAGUGAUCGUGAUGACAAUCAUCUCUAUCAUUAUGUACUUUGUCCUGUACACUCAACCUGGAUAUGAACUUAUUGCCACUAAGGAAGUCACUCUUUGGGAGACUUGUAUUUAUGCCAUUUCAGCAGUAGCAAUCAUUUGGGGAAUCUUUGUUAUGAGGGAUCUCAAAUAUGUGGCCAGUGAUGGACACCAUCAUUCAAUGAAGUUAGAUUUGACUCUUUUAAUAGUUGCCCAGACUGGAGUUUAUUUGUAUGGAAUGUUCAGUAUGAUGGGAAGUUAUUUCUCCAAAUGGGACACAGUUCCCGAUCGUGUGGAAGGAAUUGUUGCUGAAAUCUGCAAUCUCUUUCAAACUUCACUUCAAACUAUGUUCAUAGUUCACACAGUGCAUCGCAGAUGUAAAGGAUCGAAACAGCAACGACAGAAACCUGGACGUGAAGUUAUUACUUACUUAUUGGUUGCAAAUAUGGCAAUUUGGUUUAUUAAUACACUUAUCAAAGGACGAGCUAUGUUUAGACAGACGCAUUUGGAUUUCUUUGGUGUGUGGGGAUGGACGAUAAUAACUCAUGUCUCAAUGCCACUUGCAAUCUUUUAUAGAUUCCAUUCGACGAUAUGUUUGUUUGAGGUGUGGAAAACAACGUACAAAGCAAAGUCACAUUAAAGAAAAUUAUAUAUGUAUUAUUUUUUUGUUUUAUAAGUUCGACUGUGUAUAUUAAAAUUAAAUUAAUAUAAUAAAAUAAAUCAAUUUAAAAUUAUUAAAAACUUAA